GGAUCAAGCACCAGAGAGUCGGGCCCCUCGUAGUCCGGCUGCUCCCAUCGCCGCAUCUCAUGGCGUGGCAUGCGGUGGACAUCGCUAGUGCUCUGGGCGGUUUGCGCGCUGUCAGAGGAUGUCUCUACCGACACGCUUGUAAAGACCCGCGAGUGGCGCCGCGCGCACACGACCAACCCCGACGUGUCGGAGGAGUUGUGUUGGGUCGGCGACUUCUCGAAAGAUGCGUGCUGCCGGGGAGAUGCCACACACAACUGUUGGGAAGAUGACUAUAGCUUCGAGGAGUGCUGCCCCAAUGCUGAUUGUUGGGACGGGGAUGCCUUCACCUACGCCGAAUGCUGUGCCGCAAAACACGGCGAGCGAGGAAAUGAAGGCUGUUGGUCAGGGGAAUACGACUACGAGCACUGCUGCCUGGCCAAUCGGAGCUCAAGCUGGGUAGACGUCCUGGUGCGCGAGAUCGACACGGAUCAGUUUUACGGCAUGGACGAGUUUUAUACAGAUGCUCAGUAUGGCAGCGACUUUGGCUACUACUCCACGGGACGCGUCCUUGGCCAAAGCGAUGGCAAGAGCACGCAGGAGUUCGCUCACUUCACGACCUAUCCCAUGGCACUCUCCCCGCACUUCGGCCGCGUGUUGUGCCGCCUUGUCUUCAUCAUGUGGCUCCACAUGGAGGAGAGAGCGCCAUUCCGAGUUGUUGAAAUGGGCGCAGGUAGCGGCCAGUUGGCUUAUGACAUCCACCGAUGCGUGAAGAGGAACGAGCUCAGCAUCCAGCCAGACGUGUGGAGGCGCUUCGUGGCUGCCUUUGAGUACGUCAUCAUGGAGAGGUCCCCUGCCCUAGCGAAGCGCCAGCGCGAGCGAGGGCUGAAGGUGGUAGCAGGGGAUGCCCAGCGCAAGGACAGCUGCCCCAGCGUGCUGCAGGCGCUGGCGGCCUCCGACGCCUGCGGGCCCAGCUCCUCCGCGCCCGAGUGCCAGGUGGGAGACACCGGCAACGAGGCGACGGGGGCUUCCGUGGUGUUGAGCAACGAGCUGCUAGACGCUUUCGCACCGGUGAAGCUGCAACUGAGCCUGUAUGCCAUGCCCACGGUGACCAGCUGUAGGGCCUGGCAAGAGCUGCGGCUGGUGCACGUGAUCAAGCUCCAACAGCUACGGGCCAUCACUGAGGGCCUGCAGCACAGCGAGCAGCGCAUCGAGGCGAUGGCGGUGGACCUGGAGGGCUACACCCAGGAGGUCUUCUGUCGCGUGACCAACUCUUCUGUGGGGAAGGCGGCCAUGGCUUGCGCACCUAGCAGUAGUUGCCUUGCUAUGGUGAUCGCUCUCAGCGAACUGAUGAACCACCACGACCUGCAGCUUCCCGCUGCUGCUCAUAACAUGCGGCUGCGCUUGCGCAAGGACACAGAGCUCUGCCGGCGGCUCCAGGAGACCGUGGCCCAGCUGGAGGUGACCUUUGAGGGCUCCGUGGUGCUGCCGCGGCAGGUCUACCGCAUGCUUCGGCAUCAGCUGAGAGAGGCCCAUGACCUGGAAGUGCGCUUUCUGGCUGCCACCACCACGCGCCAGGUCCCAGUGCCGCUUUCAGAGGAGCGCUGUGGGGAUUUGCAGUGGUGGUUUGAGGUGCACGAGGCCCGUAUUCACCGAUUGAUCGACGUGUACAGGCCUUUGGGCUACCCCAACAUCCAGCUGCUGCUUCGGCCGGGCGAGCGCAACUUUGUGGAGCUCGUCAACUGCCUUGUGGGCAGUGCCGGCUUCAUGCUGGCGGUGGACUACGGCGCCACCUUUGAGGCGCUGGGCCAGAGUAUGAGUGCGGACGUGGGCAGCGAUGGCAUCUUCAUCCCCCCAGUGCCUCAGGAUCUCAUCGAGGGCCUGCCAGACUGCUACAGCUAUUGGCCUCAGUGCGCUGGGCAUGUGGACUGGACCACCUUUGUGGACUUCACCAACGUGGCUGCUGCAGGCGCCCGCUUGGGCUGGCAAAAGCUCUUCUAUGGCCCACAGAGCCUUCUGGAGCACCUCGGGCGGCGCAACGUCACGGUGCACGGAAGACUCUAUGACGUUCCUGGCUAUGCGGUCUUCACUCACUCCUGGCUCUCGAAUCACGUGCAGAACUGGUACGGUCGAGAAGUGCUGGCGUCCAAGGACCAAUCCGCGGGCUGGCAACAGAGGUGGACGUCAUUCAAAUGGCUGCUGCUGCAGAAAACCUCCGGGGAGGAGCCCCCGCCGAAGGUGAUUGCCUUCCCCUCCUGGCAUUUGGAUUCGCAAGAGGCGGACCCUUGCUGGAGCUUCGACCCCUCAGCGCUGCCUUUGGCCGAUUGGAUCGCCUCACAGAAGGAGGACGACCCCAGGGUGGCGUUGCAGAAGCUGAGCGACGAAGUGCUGGACCAGCUUGGACCAAAGUAUGCCGAGGAGUAUGAAGAGGUCCAGCUUGCCGUACGCUUGGUGGAUUGGCUUGUAGCCACUGAAGGUUGCCAGAACUUCAAGCCCCCGCAGGCUCAGAGGCUCCUGAGCAGCGACGGCCUUUGGCUCACCCUGCGCUCACGGCUCAUGCGUGCGUGGAAGGGCAUCUGGGGUGAGGAGUCGCUGGAGCGAGUGGCGCGCGCUGUGCUGCAGAGGCUAGCAGAGCCUGUGCCAUUUGCCUCUCCAGCAGAGUGUGCUGCGUCGCAGACGUACAAGUCUCUUUGCGAGGAAGGCGACGGCAACCGUGCGAGGGCGCCACUGAUCGAGGUGAGCCUGGAAGUGAAAUGUACUACCUUCAUACAUAUUUCUCCACCCUGCCGAUGCAGUCGCUCUUCUGAAAUGGAGAUCCUCACAAGAUAAUGAACCAACCAUCAUUUACUAAAACACAUUUUUUUCCAAAUAUUUGUUU